GCUCCUCUUCUCUGUGCGUCUUCAUUCUUGUCUUACCUCUUUCAAUAAAACCACAAACACCUGCCGUCACAACGGAAGCGGAUACGCAAAACGCACGAUGUCGUUGAAGGCGAAGCUUGACGUGUAUCCGCUGGAAAACUACACGCAGACCUACGUCGACGUCGCCGGCGGACGCGGCGGGGUGGCGGGAAAUGAGAUCCACAUCGGCACCAGCGGCAGCUCCGCCGCGUCUCGGCCCAAGUCAGCGAUGGAAAAGCUAUUGUCGCUGAAGGCGCGCUGCGAGGACGAGCAGUGCGUGCACUCUGUGGAGGGCGUGCUCCUCGUGCACCUGCACCGCCAUCCGCAUGUCGUCUUGAUGAAGCAGACGAGUCAGCGGGCGCGCGAUGCGGACGGGCUGCGUGCGGUACCGCCGUCCAACACCAACGUGGAGGUGACGUAUCGCCUGCCCGGUGGGCGCUGCCGCCGCGGCGAGGCCGAGGAGAGCUGUCUGCUGCGCAAGCUGGGACGGCACUUGUUGAACGAGGCGAAGAUGCCGACGGGGGCGGCCGAAGCAGCCAACGCAGCGGCCUCCGACACCGUCGUGGAUGUCACGAUGACGCACAACACGUCGAAGGCGGGCAGCUUCUUUCGAGUUGGGGAGGUGAUGGCGACGUGGUACCGUCCCCACUUUACGCCGCACAUGUACCCCUACGUGCCGCCGCACAUCACCUCCGGCAGCGUGCGUGAGGUUCGAACGCUCUUUCUCGUACACUUGGAGCCGACGGUGUUCUUCAGCAUGAUGCAGGAGGGCGUGGAGCUGGUGGCGGCGCCGUUGUUUGACCUUUACGAAAACACAGGGAAGUACGGCCCGAUGGUAGCCAGUCUGCCGGUGCUGUUAUCGCGUGUGCUGAUUAACUACUGCAGCACUGAGUAUUAG